UGAGAACGCAAAUUUUUUAUUGAAAUGUCUUUCUAACCGCCCAAUACAAGGCCAAUACAAAUACAAAUUAACACAAUUGCUUUGAGCACGUGGGGUAAGCGCAGAAGCGCGAGCCGCGCAAUUUUCCGACCCCGCCAUAGCAACCAACUUUCUCUCAAGUAAACAAAGCCGCCGUACUUCAACCACCCACGACGGCAGAGUCGAUCGCAUCGCUAGCAGCCCGACCCCAGCGCCCGAAAUGGCAUCACGCGAGAGGGAAAAGGACAAGUCCAAGGUCCACAAGCUGUCGCUGAAGGGCAGCGCGAAGCUUGUCGCCGAAUUCUUCCAAUACUCCAUACAUACCAUAUUGUUCCAACGAGGUGUCUACCCCGCCGAGGACUUCACCGCCGUCAAGAAAUAUGGCCUCAACAUGUUAGUGUCGUCGGAUGACCAAGUCAAGGCAUACAUCAAGAAGAUCAUGUCACAGCUUGACAGGUGGAUGGUCGGUGGCAAGAUCUCGAAGCUAGUCAUCGUCAUCACAAACAAGGAUACCGGCGAGCACGUCGAACGAUGGCAGUUUGAUGUUCAAAUCUUCAGCAAACCCUCCAAGAGCAAGAGCGCCUCCAAAUCAGCAGACCAGGAAAACGUCUCUCCUGGCACCAGCAGCAGCAGCGCCCCCCCACCAGGCUCGACAGAGUCCAAGACCGAGGCCGAGAUCCAGGCGGAGAUCGCGGCCAUCUUCCGGCAGAUCACGGCGAGCGUGACGUUCCUGCCGCAGCUGAGCGGCGAUUGCACCUUCAACGUGCUCGUCUACGCCGACGCCGACAGCGACGUGCCCGUCGAGUGGGGCGACAGCGACGCCAAGGAGAUCGCUGGCGGCGAGCGCGUCCAGCUGCGCGGCUUCAGCACCGCCAGCCACCGCGUCGACACCCUCGUGAGCUAUCGGUUGGCCGAGUGAGGGAUGCUCCUGGGG